AUGGCGGUAAUCUCGCGCCUUUUAGUCCUCUUUGGGCUUUUGUCACUGUUUCAUGCAGCCUACUCCGCUCACGAAUUUUCGACACUCUCCACAAAACUGCACAAGAACGCCGCUCUCCCUCUGGACAUCAAGCUCGAGACCCUGGUAUCAGUCUUUUUGGCGUGCUUCGGCCUUGUUCUGGGCUCCGACCCACUGAAACCCGUCAGCUGGAGCGCAUGGGCCGGGCAGAUUGAGCGGGAAGGCGGAUUGGCAAACCCGUUCCGGGGACUGGAGGAGAGGGUGGGCUUUAUGGAUAUCAGGGCACAGAGGAGGGCGUUUGCCGAGUGGGUGAAGCAGCAGGGCGCUGGAGUCAAGAGUUGA